GCCUUACACAGUAGGGGCUUUAGUAUACACCCAGAGUUUCGGUAUUGUUUCGGUAUUCACCCAAGGGUUUCGGUAUAUACCCAGCCUUUCAGUAUAUACCCAGCCUUUCAGUAUAUACCCAGCCUUUCAGUAUUUACCUAGAGUGUAUUUACUCACCAGUUUCCAGUUUCCAGGUUCCAAUCUUACUCUGCGCGUACUUGCUCGCUCCUCAAAAUCAGGUUUAAUAAUAUGGUACAAGCCAAUAUCGUGGUAGUGGGCGCGGGCGUCAGUGGCCUCACGACGGCUGUCGAAUUAAAGAAACUGCAUCCGCUGUACGACAUCACUAUUGUGCUGAGCCACUUGCCAGGAGACAUUUCGCCCGAUUUCACGUCUCCUUUUGCGGGAGCCAACUGGCAUUCGUUUGCCACAAUCGAGGAUAAACGCCUUCAAACCUACGAUUUGGAGGGGUACAAGAGAUUGGUUCAGUUGGCCGAAACCGACCCCAAAUCGGGCAUUUGGGCCAACGACUCCUACUGUUUUUAUAGCCAAUCUGCGGUUGAAGAGAUGGGAAACAAAAAACCCGAUCCCUGGUACAAACACAAAGUCGAAAACUACCAGACCAUUCCGCCCGAGCAACUUUUACCGGGCACUGCACACGGGUACCGGUUCAAGGGAGUAGUUAUCACGGUUCCAAUAUACCUCAACUAUUUGUUGCAAAAAGCACUUGAGAUGGGAAUUGCCAUCAAAAGAGUCUCAGCCUUGAAGGAAAUUGGUAGUGCCCGCCAGUUACACUCCUCUGGGAAAAGGGCUGACGUGGUGGUCAAUUGCACCGGGUUGCUUGCAAAAAAUAUUAAAGGGUACCGAGACCCAAACAGACAGUACCCAGUAUUGGGACAGGUUUUGCACGUCCGGAACAAUGCCCGAACAGAGUUUGCCGUCGAUGGAGUGGAUCCAUCACGACCAGAUGAGUCGCUCUAUAUCUUUCCUCGAAAGGAGGGUGGAUCUAUCAUUGGAGGGUGUCACCGAGAAAACUUUGACUCAACUGAUGAGGAUAAGGAGUUGACCAAACGGCUCAUUGACCGGGCUAUUAAGUACGCUCCCGAGCUUAUAGACCGUUCCUUCAAAAACAAUCCAGAAUUUAUGGACAUUAUUACCGUAGGUGUGGGACAACGACCUUUCAGAGACGGAGGGGUGCGGGUAGAGCAGGACCCAGACCUUCACUGGUUGGUCCAUAACUAUGGAGCUGGUGCUGGGGGGUAUCAGGGAAGUUAUGGGUUCAGCUCUGAGGCUGUGAGACUUGUGAGAAUGGCAGCAGAGCUGAUCCAUUCCAAGAUUUAGAGACUAUGGGUGAAGUUGUAUUGUCUUUUUAUAGUAGUAGUAGAAGUGUACGAGUUCUGACCCAUACACUUCUCUAUGGUAUAGUAUCUAAAUUGACUAAUUGCACACCUGGCGAAUCAAAACGUCGAAUAUCUUUCUGCCAACCUGUUUGGCAUAUUUCUUCUGGUGGUCUUUAUCUGUCUGGUUGGAGAUGAACUCGGAUGCCUUGUUCUGCUUGGCAUUCAAGGGCGUGGGCUUAUCUUUAUAGUCAUGGGUCUUGAUCUGAAUGUCUUUGUAGCCUUGUUGGGCCUCGAGAAACCCAAGGUUUUGUGGAUGUUCAGGGAUGGACAUGUGAAUAGCUCGGU